GCAGUCGGUAGUUCGAUCGGAGCGCGUAGUAGCGACGUUGCCACGUUUCCCGAAAAUUCCCGGACGACUAUGAAAGCGGUAGUGAGCGCGGUGACGGCGGUGCGGUCGGAGGCGGCGGUCGCGGGCGGCAAAGUGUCGCGUUCCCGCGACCUCGAGAACGAGGAGAUCCAGAUGUACCUCGCGAAGCUGAAGGACCUGGUGCCGUUCAUGCCGAAGAACCGCAAACUGAGCAAGCUGGAGGUGAUCCAGCACGUGAUCGAUUACAUUUGCGACCUGCAAUGCGCUUUGGAGACCCACCCGACGACGGUGGAGGCUUUCGAUGCGGCAUCCGUCCUCGGCCAGAAGAAGAGCCAGGCAGCGGCGAGUCCCAGGCAACCGCUGGGAGUGAGGCGGAGCCCCAAUCGGAUCGUGUCGCCGUGCGAAGCGGCCACCGUCUUGCACAACGUCACGACCGUCGACGCCUUGACGCCGUGCGACAGGCCGUCGUCGUGUUGAAGGGGCGGCGCCCCUCCCCCAGACCCCCUCAUCCUUCUCAUUCCAAAGUCGCCGUCGGCGACCGACUGAUUUGACGAAACGCCCGUGGAACGAGAUAGAAACAGUGUCGUACCUGUUGUGUUGCAAUCUUGUUAUACGUUAUUUCUGUUUUUUAUUUUUAUUUUUAACGCGCAGGACAUCGUGACGUGUUUUUUUCUGUGAUUUCUUGUAUAGUUAGUUUUUGCGCACUUGUACAUUGUCGUGUAUAGAAGCGAGCGAGAGCGAGCGUGUGUGAGCGAGAACAGGAGAGAAAAAACUGUUGUUCGCCCCCUCCCCCCCUCUUCCUUCGUGUAAAUAAAUUUAUAUAUUUUAUGCGUCUCUCGGAGACAAGGUAGAAGAUGAUAUAAACAAAUAUA